GACACCGCCCGCCCGCCGUGAGGGAGCGGCGGCACCGCCGGCCCCCUCCGCCCCUCCUCCUUCUCCUCCGCCUUCUCCUCCGCCUCCUCCGCCCUCCCCCCUGCCCCUCCUCCCGCCGGAGCGAGCGAGCGAGCGAGAUGGCGGCCGCUGGGGCUCUGGCGAAGCACGAGCAGAUCCUGGUGCUCGAUCCGCCCACCGACCUCAAAUUCAAAGGUCCCUUUACAGAUGUAGUAACUACAAAUCUUAAACUACGAAAUCCAUCAGAUAGAAAAGUAUGCUUCAAAGUGAAGACCACAGCACCUCGCCGAUACUGCGUGAGGCCAAACAGUGGAAUUAUUGACCCAGGAUCAUCUGUAAUUGUUUCAGUAAUGCUGCAGCCUUUUGACUAUGACCCAAAUGAGAAGAGUAAACACAAGUUUAUGGUACAAACAACCUAUGCACCACCAAAUAUUACAGAUAUGGAGGCAGUGUGGAAAGAAGCAAAACCUGAUGAGUUGAUGGACUCCAAAUUGAGAUGUGUGUUUGAAAUGCCCAACGAAAAUGAUAAACUGAAUGAUAUAGAUGCAAGCAAAUCCACCCCAGUACUGAACACAUCUAAGCAGGAUGGACCGAUGCCAAAACCACAUAGUGUUUCACUUAAUGACACUGAAACAAGGAAGCUGGUGGAGGAGUGCAAAAGACUUCAGGCAGAGAUUAUGAAGCUGACAGAUGAAAAUCGGCACCUGAGAGAUGAAGGCUUGAGGCUCAGAAAGGUAGCGCACUCGGAUAAAUCUGGAUCACCCGCAGCUUUGGCCCUCAGAGAUAAUGGCUCUAAUUCUCUUCCUUCACUUCUUGUUGUAAUUGCAGCCAUUUUCAUUGGAUUCUUUCUAGGGAAGUUCAUCUUGUAGAAAGAAUGAGUGAAAGAAGCAUGCAAAACUGCAGCUUCCUUUUUUUUUUUUUUUGUUUUGUUUUUGUUUUUUUUUUUGUUUUCUCUUGGCCAGAAAAAGGUUUGUUUACCUACCACAUCAUGGGUAGUAUGGCCCGAGCGGCCGUUCUUGUGUACAGCAUCAUAACAGGCUUUGCCUUUAAUGAUCUCGCACGGUUAGAAAACACAAUCUGAAAAGACAAACUGUUCAGCUGCUGGACAAAAUUGUACAUUCAGUCAUCAAUAGCAGGUAUCAGUUGCACAGUCAGUCCUUUAUGAAAAUUCAUAAAUAAAGAAUUGUUCUUUCUUUCUGUGGUUUUAAUAAGAAUUCGAAAAUUGUUCAGAGUCUUGUAAAUGUUAUUUUAAUAAUCCUUUAAAAUUUUAUCUGUUGCUGUUACCUCUUGACAAAUGAUUUAUUAGAUUGCUAAUCCCACUCAUUCAGGAAUAUGACAAGAGGUAUUCUGGGGGAAAUGGUGCCUCUUACUGUGUAAAUUUUCUCCUUACCUUACUUUGCUAAUAUCAUGGCAGAAUUUCUUUCUUAUUCCUUGUGAGGCAUUGUUGAGAGUUCUUCAUCCUUAACAGUCCUGUCCCAUAAUAUUUAACAUGACAAAAGAAAUAAAAUUGUUAACAGAUUUUUCUGCUGGGUAGCCUGUUUGUGUGUGUCGUGCUUUUAGAGGGGAUUCUUAACAAGUUCAUUGUUCAUGGUAAUUUGCUACUUGUAACAAAUGGCUAUUUUGAAGUUUAUUUGCUUAAGUCUCUGGCUUUGACUGUUGUAAUUGAAGCUUGGGAAAGAAAAAAAAGGUUUCCAUUCCAUUUGUUUAAAAAAAUGAACUGUUUUCUGGCUGCUUUCAGCUACAAAGAAGAUGGUUAUCAGACUUGUUUUGGGACAGAACAAUUUGGAUAUCCAGCAGGUGCAAAUGCCAGACAUGAAUGUUUUCAAUAUAUUAACAAUUUGCUUGGAUUGUGCAGGAGUGUAAUAAUCAACCUUCUGUUCCAUCUUUGGAUCUUCUGGGUGUCUUCCAGGAGUCAACAUUAUUCUUUGAUUUCUUAAGGGUACUUAAUUCACAUAUAUUAACUUACUCAGUUUAUAAUUCUGUCUUAGCAGAUACUAAAAAAUGCAAGAUGAACAUUCAGACACCCGUAGCGUAUUCCAUGAUGCAGAAGAGUUGAUAUUUGCUGAGUUGCUCACCUUUGGCUCAGUUGCUCACCUUUGGGAAAUAAAAAUCAUUUUAUGCAACUCUUGGCAGAUCUACCUGUUUUAACCAUGUAUAGCUAAGUUUUAAAAAAUGCAUUUUUGGGGUCUGAAAUGCUUCCCUGCACUUAAUCUUACGUCUUGCCUCAUCUCUGAAUAUGUCAUAAAAACAAACAGUAGUAUUGAAACAAAAUAUUAUCUGUACUUCUGAGUAAGCAUAAUCCAAUACAGGGAAUUGCUUGUAAACUUGAAAAAUUGUGGAAGAGAUAUACUCCUGUAAGCAAAAUUGUGUAUGCUUUUGGACAGCUUGACUUGAUGUGGUGCAGCUAAGUGUGUUAGACCUUGGUGUAUGCACACCUUACGUAGCUGAGAAAAAUGUUCUGGGAAAGAUGUACGUUAUCUUGGUUGCCUUUGAUUUCUACUGCUUUUUUUUUUUAAUUACAUCAUGUUCUGUCAUAACUCUCUGUGAUAAACUUUUUUUAUAAAAUCUUGCACAUGUACAAGGAAGAUGAUGGAGAAAAUGCAAAUACUGCUUAUCUUUUCACUUAAGCAUGCAAGCACUGAUGUUUCCAAUUACUUGUUCCAGUGUCUGCAUUCAAGUCUCCUUCCAUCCCAGUGACUGGAAAAAACUGUGUUAAGGUUUUGAUUAUUUUGGUUCCGCUGGUUCAGAAUGGUGUAUUUCUUCUAAUUUUUUCUCUAACAGAACAUUUCCACAUCAAACUUUCAUAGCCUGUUCCAAACUGAUUACGUGGAAAAUAACGAAAGCAAUAUUGUGCAAGAUGUAGUUUGCUUCAUGUAGAGCAGUCAUUCCUGCACUGAAAGGAGAAAAACCACACAAAACACUCUGGAAGAUCUUAAAAUGUUUACAGCGUGGUGUGCGGAGGUUUUCAAAGGUGCUAGCACUUAGAGGACUUAAAACCAGAAAAAAAAAGUCAUUGCUCGAUGCAGCUGACUCAGGUUUUGAUAUCUGGCAGCAGAAAUAUGGUAAAAGUAAUGAUAAAAUCAGAGUGAAAUAACUUUUUUUCAUAAAUAAGAAAAAAGUUGGUGGUAAAACUUUGGUCGUGGUUUAAGCGAUGCUUUCAAGUGUACAGCGCUCUUGUAACCGGAGUUCUCAGUAAUGCUCUAAGGAGACUGUCUUGGUUUCCCGUAAUCCCUUCAUAGCUGUAUAUAAAAUGUAAUGCUAAAACUAUUUUGCUCUCAGGAGUCACUUUGGAUGAGAUCAGCUGUAUUCAGUGAAUUAUGUAAUAUGGAUUAAAUUGUUUGUCUUUGUUCCUGAAA